AUGAAGGGCCGGUGGCGCAAAGACAAGCGACCCGCAGCGGAGAAGUCGAACGGGGCAGGUUCUCUUACAGGAGGCUCAGCGGGCCAGCAAGCUCCGAACAACAUUCUUGCAGGUUUCAGAUUUUCCGGGACUGUCGACAAGGCUGCAGAACAGCAAAGAGAGUGCUACGAAAGUGCCCAUGCUUCUCUUGUUCGCAGUCAAUUUGCAAUGUGUGACGGGGAGACCCACGAUGACUUUAUGAAAGCGCUCACGGGAGGCAGCAUUUACGUUCCUGCCUUUUUCAAUGCGAGCGAAAGCGAGGCGAUAUUCAACGCCCUUAUGAAGGAGCUUUCAGACUACGCAAACGAACAGCAGCAGACCCAGGCAACGGAGACACCAGAGGCAGCUGAGGCUGACGCUGCUGCAGCAAGUGGGCCAGCUGCUGCAGCAAGUGGGCCAGCUGCUGCAGCAAGUGGGCCAGCCGCAGCAGCAAAUGGGCCAGCUGCUGCAGCAAAUGGGCCAGCUGCUGCAGCAAACGGGCCCGAGGCUGCACUGAGCGGCGCGGGCGUUUGCCGGUGGUCGCGGCACUUGAAGCACGAGAACCCCGAGGGCUUUCCCACUUUUCAAAAAGUAGUUCAACGCAUAUCGAGUUAUUUCGACUUGGAGAUCUUCGCAACCAGAAUGAACAUCUACCCCGACGGCUCCCACUGGAAGCCUCACCACCACGACUCCCACGCCUACUCCUCAGAGAGAAACCAAGCAGAGGACUUCACUGUGGGCGCGUCGUUUGGGGCGCAGCGAGCCCUAGAGUUUGCACAUGUGAAGAGUGGCAUUAAGUUUCGUUUUCCACAGACAAGCGGUUCGAUUUUUUCGUUUAAUUCUUUUGUCAAUAAGACCUUCACGCACGGCGUGCCGGCAGAGCCAACUGCCAGCGUAGGCCCCCGCAUAUCCAUCAUUGUUUGGGGCCGGCGCCGCUCGCUGAACAAGUUGAAUGCCUGCGCCAGCGAACUGAAGCAGUAA